UCCCCCCUCUGGCUGGUGGUCUGCAGUGUGCUGGAGGAGAAUGGAGCAUGUGGAGUGAAUCAGUGGCAGUGGGCAUGUCACAGUUCACUCUGGGAACCUUAUCAACACUGCUGGUGGAGUACAUUUGGGCAGCAGCGGGAUGGAUUGCAAGAUUGGAUUCCAGCUGAGUAUAUCCCUUUUAGUGGUAGUAUUGGUGGGCCGUUGUGAGGCGUUGUGGUUUUCCUGGGGCAGUAUAGAUGGCACCACUGAGGCCCCAUCGCUUGACAAUGAGGGAUCUGGGAACCCAGUGACUAGCAAUGAAUCACCAACGCCGGAGAACAUUGAAGAAGUGGGGGCAGAUGUCAUUGAAAUAGAAAGCGGGAUACAUAAGUUUGCUCAAACUUGGAACCAGAAUGCAAAGGCCACGGAGGCCCCCAAGCUGACCACUGUGAGGUCAAAAGCCAGGAAUGAGCGCCCAAUGGAAAAGGGUGCCGGUCGGCCCACGUCAAGGGGAAGCAAACCUGGUAAUGACAUGUCCACAGUACAGGGUAUGGGAUCUGGUUACUGGGAGUGGUCAGGGGUUGGGAGUGGGUCUGGAGUUGGGUCCUGGUCGGGAUUUGGGUCUGGUUCUGAAUUCGGAUCUCGGUCUGAAUUUAGUUCUGAAUUUGACUCAGAGUCUGAAAUCAGACAUGGGUCUCAAAUUAGACCUUUGUCUGGAAUUGGGUUUGGGUCUCAAUCUGGAUCUAGCAUUGAAUCUGGAUCUGAACCAGGAGCCUCUAUGUGGGAUAGCCAGGAGGGAACAGUUUUACCCACAGACCUCAUCGGUUUAGCAGAGAAUGUCAAUGUGCUUGCAGGGAAAGAGAAUGAGAUGCUGGGUAUUGUCAAGGUGGACCUAGCAGAAAGUGUUUUGGAUGAGCACAACAGAACAGCUGAGUGGAAUGCUACGGUUUUCCCCAUAGACAGUCAGCCCGUCCCAAGUGUUAAUGUCUCUCUUGAGACAACUCCCAGUAACACAAGUAGCAACAGAGUAAUUGACAGUAGCUCUAGUUGGAACACCAAUAAUUUUAACUCGACAGAGUAUUUUGACGAAUACACUGUCUCAGGUGAUUUUCUAACCCCUUUUGACAGCAACCACUCUCUCUUAGCUACUAGUGAGACGCCGGCCCCGGAAUCCCCACGUUGCUGGCCAAUAGAUUUCCAUUUGCCUUUCUGCAAAUCCUUGGGUGGCGACAGCUUUGUGUUGCCCAACUAUUUCAAUCACAGCAGUGUGAAGGAGGUCCGGGCUGUUUUGGGCUCUUGGGCGUGGCUCUUGAGGUCACGCUGCCACCAUAGCCUGGAGUGGUUUUUCUGCCUGCUGCUGUUGCCCAGGUGCCCCCGGGGACUGCCACCGCCUUGGCCUUGCCGCAGCUUCUGCGAGGUCCUGCAGGACAGCUGCUGGACAGUCCUCGAUGAGGGCAGCCUCUCUAUGGAGUGCCACUCUUUGCCUGAUGAGGACGAUGGGUAUCAGUGCUUGUCAGUUAGUAACCAGAAAGAUGAGAUCGGUGUCUCCCUCCUGCAACUGAUCGGGGACCCUCCCCCAGACGAGAUCACCAAGAUCUAUGGUCCCGACAACAGCCCCGGCUACAUCUUCGGUCCCGACGCCAACACGGGCCAGUUGGCACUUGCCCAUCUUCCCAGCCCCUUCUACCGGGACUUCUCCCUCCUCUUCAACCUGAAGCCCCAGUCCACCAAGGGUGGAGUCAUCUUUUCGGUCACAGACGCCUCGCAGAAGAUCAUGUAUGUGGGCGUCAAGCUGUCGCCGGUCAAAGCGAACAAGCAGAAUGUCAUCUUCUACUACACGGAGCCCGACUCGCAGGUGUCGUACGUGGCGGCCACCUUCCCCGUGCACAACCUGGCCGACCAGUGGAACCGCUUCUCCAUCUCCGUGCUGGACGACAAGGUCACCUUCUACAUCAACUGCGACGACCAACCCCAGGUGGUACGCUUCGAGAGGUCCCCGGAUGAGAUGGCGCUGGAGGCCGGAGCCGGGGUGUUCGUGGGCCAAGCCGGAGGGGCCGAUCCCGAUAAGUUCCUGGGGGUGAUUGGGGAGCUGAGGGUUGUUGGAAACCCACGGGCUGCUGAAAGACAGUGUGAGGAGGAAGGGGACGACUCGGAUGUGGCUUCAGGAGAUGGCGGAAGCGGAGAUGUGGAAGGGAAACUGGACGGGAAGAAGAAAGGCUCGGGUACUUUCAAAUGGGACGCGGAGGUACAAAAAUAUGUGUGGGUUGAGGACGACAGACCGACAGUUACGACUACCCCUCCGUCGUCACGCCCGAUUCAGCAGCCCCCAGUGACCCGGCAACAACCAGAGGUGUCUCCCAAGAAAGAGACUGUCAAUGUUGAUGACACUGGCCGGUUUACUGUGGAGUCCAAUCCUGGUAAUCCAGGACCGCAAGGCCCAGGUGGAUCUAGAGGAGAGAAGGGUGACAGAGGAGAGAAAGGAGACAGGGGUCCUUUCGGUCCAAAGGGAGAUUCUGGAUCUGAGUCGGGCACACGAGGAGGGGCACGUGGAGAGAAGGGAGUGCCUGGAGAAAAGGGAAUGAAGGGAAAAGCAGGCUUCGGAUACCCUGGGUCGAAGGGCGACCCCGGCCCCGCUGGUCCCCCCGGACCACCAGGCUCUCCGGGGCCCGCGGCUGAGGUGGUAUCACGUGGCGACAGCUCCGUGAUUCAGACGGUUGCGGGUCCCAGAGGACCAGCUGGAACUCCGGGACCUGCAGGCCCUGAGGGGCCCGCAGGAGCCGACGGAGAGCCUGGUGAUCCUGGUGAAGAUGGUUCUCAAGGCCUUGUUGGACCGCCAGGCUUCCCUGGAACCCCAGGAGACUCUGGGCUCAAAGGAGAGAAGGGUGACCGUGGUGAGGGCCAGCCGGGCCCCAGUGGACCUCCCGGACCCCCAGGACUCCCAGCGCCAUCCAGUCAUGACCGGCCGACCUUUGUGGACAUGGAAGGCUCUGGGUUCCCUGACUUGGAGGCUCUUCGGGGACUGCCUGGUUUGCCUGGCCCUCCUGGACUCCCCGGGGCCCCAGGUCCUGCCGUUGUUGGUACAGGGCUCUCUAGCUCGUUUGGCCCCCAAGGUCCCCCAGGACAAGAUGGUGCCCCUGGUCAACCGGGGUUACCCGGCCCACCUGGUACUGAUGGUCGCCCAGCAGUUGCAGGGGCCAGGGGAGAGAAGGGUGACCCAGGUGAACUCGGUCUUCCGGGAGCAGUUGGCGCAAAGGGCGCACAGGGAUUGACUGGUAUCCCUGGUCAGCCAGGACUGGGCGGAUUGGCUGGCCUUCCUGGACCAAUGGGACCAGUGGGACAACCCGGGCCACCAGGACCCCCCGGACCAAGCUAUCACGCUGGCUUUGAUGACAUGGAAGGCUCUGGUGUGGGAGUGGCCAAUGGGGUUCCUGGAGCCCGAGGGCCAGACGGGCGACAGGGUACUACUGGCAUCCCUGGCCUACCGGGAAAGCCUGGUAUCCCUGGUGCUCCUGGCGAGAUGGGAAAUGAAGGACUACAAGGAAGAGAUGGCCGACCAGGGUUGGACGGUUUCCCUGGACCUAAUGGACAAAAGGGGGACAGAGGAGAAAGAGGCGAAACUGGUCGCGAUGGAAACGGACAGCCUGGACCACCAGGCCCACCCGGCCCACCAGGACAAAUAAUCUACCAGACCUCCAGCAGCUAUGAUGGUGUCGUUGGAGGAGCUGGGCCCCAGGGUGAAACUGGUCUACCUGGCCAAGCUGGAUUCCCUGGUCCUAUUGGAUCAAAGGGCGACAAGGGAGACCCAGGCCAGCCCGGUUAUGGAGUCAAGGGCGAGAAGGGCGAGCCUGGCUUAAUCAUUGGGCCUGAUGGGAGUCCUUUGUACCUGCGAGAAUUGUCGGGUGAGAAGGGAGACAGAGGACCUGCCGGACCCGUCGGGCCUCCUGGGCAGUAUGGACCUUCUGGGAUAAAGGGUGAAUUUGGAAUGCCUGGAAGACCUGGUCGUCCUGGUGUAAACGGAUACAAGGGUGAAAAAGGAGAGCCAUCCACAGGUGCCGGAUUUGGCUACCCAGGUGUCCCAGGCCCACCUGGACCCCCAGGACCACCCGCACCAGCUGUGCCUGUGAACCGCUUCAACGGAUAUGACGCCUCAAGGAAUUAUCCAGCGACAAAGGGGGAGAAAGGUGAUCGCGGAGCUCAAGGUCUCCCAGGAACGCCAGGUGUGGCCUCUAACUUAGACAUAUUCACAUUCAAGAAUGACCUGAAAGGAGAGCGUGGGGAUUCUGGCGUGAAGGGAGAGAAGGGAGAGCCAAGUGGUGGCUAUUAUGACCCCCGUUUUAGAGGACAACAAGGCCCACCAGGACCCCCUGGAAACCCAGGACUUAUGGGUCCAAAGGGAGAUUCAAUCAUGGGCCUCCCUGGUCCCCAGGGCCCACCAGGCUCCCCAGGGAUCGGCUACGAUGGUCGUCCAGGAAUCCAAGGCCCACCAGGUCCUCCCGGGCCCCCAGGGUCCCCCUCACUACCAGGGGCCUAUAGACCUAACCACUCCAUCAAUAUUCCUGGCCCCCCCGGACCUGCGGGACCACCUGGAACUCCUGGUCACACUUCAGGGGUGACAGUUUUGAGGUCAUACGACACCAUGAUUGCUACUGCAAGACGCCAGUCGGAGGGCACCCUCAUCUACAUUGUCGACAAAACAGAUCUCUACAUCCGAGUCCGCAAUGGAUUCAAACAAGUCCUGCUCGGUGACUACAGUCCCUUCUACAGAGAUCUGGACAACGAAGUAGCGGCUGUCCAGCCCCCCCCUGUCGUCAACUACCCCCAGUCCCAGGAUCACUCGGCCAACAAUGGAGCUGAACACUUCUCCCAAGGCGGUACCGCCACCCACCCCAUCAAGCCUCCUCCUCACAAGCCGGUGGAGAUCCCCAGGCCUGCCAGACCCGACAACCGUAACCCAGACCCCAGAUAUCCCCCUCAGUACGACCCCAGAUAUCCCCCUCAGACUGACGCUAGGUACCCCCCUCAGACAGAUGGCCGCUACAGCCAUGUGCAGCCUGAGAACAGGUAUCCCAACCAGCCCGAAAGCCGAUUCCCAGUCACCCCCCAGAGAAGACCCGUUCCCCUUCCUGUUCCCCAGCCUGGCGGUCACUUGCAUACAUCAGGGCCAGGACUCCACCUGAUCGCCCUGAACAUGCCCCAAGUGGGCAACAUGCGGGGCAUUCGUGGGUCAGACUUCCUGUGUUUCCAGCAGGCUCGUGCUGUGGGCCUUAAGGGCACCUUCAGGGCUUUCUUGUCCUCCAAGCUCCAGGACCUCUACAGCAUUGUUCGCAAGUCCGACAGAGACAGCCUCCCCAUCAUAAACCUGAAGGACCAAGUGCUUUUUAAUAGCUGGGAGUCUAUGUUCAGUAAGACUGGGGGCAGGAUGAAGGAAAAUGCACCAAUCUACUCCUUUGAUGGCAGAGAUAUCCUUAGAGACAGUGCAUGGCCUGAAAAAAUGGUCUGGCACGGCUCUAGCAACGAGGGUCACCGCCAGACUGACAACUACUGCGAGACAUGGAGGGCCGGAGACCGCGAGGUGACAGGCCUAGCGUCCUCACUGCAGACCGGCCAGCUCCUACAACAGUUGCCCAGCAGUUGCUCUAGCUCCUAUAUAGUGCUGUGUAUCGAGAACAGCUCUCUCUCACACUCCAAAAAAUAAUUUACAAAAACAUCCCUGUCACUUUGGUCCAAGUAAACGCAUUACAAGUGUACAAACAGGCGCAUUCCUCCUCCCUCCGCCCCUAAAAAUAUGACGUCUUUCGAACUGGGUCUGCAGCACUUGCCUGGCAGAGAAGUUUCCCAUUGUCUUCUCUAUCCCUUCCAUAAUGCCAAAGAGACGGGUCGAACAGAGAGGUGUUUGCCUUUUUCUCGGGGCAUUGGCACAUAUUUUCCAAGGGGUUGAACAAGAGAAGAGAAGCUAACUGCGGCAGCAUUUUUUAAAUUGUGUGCGUAAAAAAAUCUGUCUGUAUAUGAUAUGUCUGUUUGAGUUUUAUUUUAUUCCUGAUUUGAUGUUACUCUUGAAGCGGUCUUUAAAUUUGGUAUAUUCAACCAUUUUAAUGUACCAUUUUCCACAUUUUCAUUUUAUUUUCAUUCCAUUUAAGGCUUGUAGGGUACAGUAACCUUUUAAAUGAUAUUUUAAGAAUUAAAGAAGAUAAUAGAUAUUUAUUUUUAAAUGAAGUUAUGUUAGAACACACAAUUUGAAUUGGAAUAGUAACACAUGAAAAAUGCCUUAAUCCAUAUUGUAGUCAGCACUUUUUCACAGACUAUUUCAAACAUUUACACAGGUGAGGGUGUUUCUAACCUAAUAUGGAAAACUGUACGUUGCGAAAAGGAGUGUGUGGUUUUAGAAAUGCAUGUCAAAAGAGAUUAUGCUUUGAUGUCAAGAUACUUUUAAAAAUAAGUAAAUAAAACUAAGGUAAGAUAUGAUGACUCUUAGAAUAAAUAUGACUAAUUCCUACAUCUGUAGAAGUUUACUGUACAUGUCUACUUGCCAUUUUACAUUUGGUGAACAUUAUGUUUUAUAUGUCCUCAUUGGGCAUAGCCUACACUAAAUUCACCAUACUCAUAUCCAAGACGCAAGUUACAAUGUCUUUCGUAACCGUAAAGCAGAUGCUGAGACAAAUUUGAUAUAAGGGUCAAUUUUGCUUUUAAUCAAAAAAUAUAUAAUCCUGUUGAUAAUAACCUGCCAGUGGGGUUUGAAAAUGUUUUGAGUUCAAUUUGGUGCUAAUCUCUAUUGGAGUGACUGCUGACUGUAUUGGUUGAGGAAACCCAGAUGUAUUUUAUUAAGACACAUUGUAGUGUCUUAAUAAGCAGCCUUGUGUUGAUUAAUUUCUGAGACUAUCUUGGCUAUAGUGCUACUGUUGUGUCUUGACUGAACCAGUAUGAACCUGUGGAUAUUCAUUAUUUUUGUAACCAGUAUGUGCUGUAUCAUUUCUCAGAGGCACUAAAUAAAUGUUGUUGUUUUUUAAUUCAUGA